AUCCAGUGUGACCGCAACGAUAGACGCAUGGUCAUUCAAGAGUUUGUGCCGUCACAGUCCUGACAAUUGCAUCUAGCUGUCAGUUAGCUGCAGGAAUCACGGCCAGCGCAACCAUGACGGCUGAAACUUUUGCUUGCAGUACAACGCUUACGAGCAAAUCGAGUCACGGCUCAAGUAAAAACAACAAAAACAUCGAUGCCCCAUCGUCAAGCAUUAUCACUCCUGGGGCGGGCCAGACUUCUCCAAAUGGUCAAAGCGCUAGCACGAAUGCUGCAACCAUUCAAAAUCGUGAGUGCAUCCAGAUUGUUAGCUUUUUCCACCGAAAAACAGCGGAGACAGCAUGCCUCGAAGCACGACUUGCUAAAAAUCAGGUGACACGUGUCUGCGUCAUUCGACCGAAUAGUGUAUUCUACACGCUCUCAGAAAGUCUUAGCCGCAAGCUAUACUGCUGCCUUGCCACGCGUGAUAAUGCAGCUCACGCAGGGAAGCCCAUCUUCACCUGCAGGAAAAGUAUCGUCGAGAUAAUAAACCUCUCGCACGACGGCCAUACGCGCGUUGGCGUGCUCUGCACCGAUGGGAUGCUGCACAUCUUGCUGUUGCUGACGCAUGUCCCACAACAGUGGGACCGCGUCGUCUCAAUCGCCACUGAACUCGACGUGUCCGUCUACCGCGAAGUGGCCUACACGCGCAGCUUUAACUCGCUGUUCUGGCCGUUGCCUAAUGGAGACGAUUAUGCCAUCGUCAUGUACGAUAUUGAAACAAGGCAAGCGAGAACAAUGUUGACGCGCGUGAAAAGCUGCACAUUGCAGGUCAAACAAGACGCCCUAGUUGUGCUCUUUUAUGAUCAUGGCGUAUUGUUCGUUCCGUUCAGCGAGUUAAAUGCCAAGUUCAAUCCAAAGUUGUCCGAAAAGGCACAAAUGAACAAUUCUACUGACGAUUUAAGUUUUCGCUCAAAUCGCACGAGUGAUCCAGGCCUUGGGAGGUCAUGCUCGAUGUUGGAUUUUACCAGCGAAGUCCCUCCCAUCCGCGCUGAUUAUUGGAACCCAAGUACUACCAGCAUCAAACGAGUUCAAGCCGAAGCUUUCGAGCCCUCAAUGAGCGAUCAGCACCUGCGCGGCUAUUGUCUUUCACAUGACCGCACUGUUGUAUUCGCAAUGUACGGAAAUACAGUAUACAGGCUUAGCGGUACUGGAUGUGCACCGCUCGCCAGCAUCGAAGUACCAAUCGAUAUGGACAGCACGUUCAGAGUUAUGUUUCUUGGGCGCAUUACUGUGCUACAGGGCGACACGAUGACGGCGGCGUACCUUAAUUCAAACAAGCCGGCCAAAAUACUACAUAAGAACUAUCGUAGCGCGGGGUUCGGCUUCGUUUGGGAUGAGACCGGCGUGUACCAGAUCCGUAUGUGUAAUCCGGUUGAGAUGCCCGAUGACUUGCAAGCAGACAUAAUGGCCUACAGUACAGCGUAUCGAACAGCGGACACCGUCGGACGCGCAAUAAGCGGCGAACAGCUGACUACUGAAACAUGUGCACCAGGUCCAAUGUUCCAGUUCGACGCCCAGAAGCAUCUGGCUUCACCCGCUCUUCUCAGUAUUGCAGGAGCCUAUACAUCGACAAAUGAAGAUGUAGCCGAGAAGUUCAUGAAAGCUGCUCGAACUGGCUGGCAGCAUAUUGAUGAUUUCAACGGUGGUCGCAGCAAGCUUGGAACCUUUAGGCGAUUAGAUAACAUCCGUAGGAAAUUAAAAGUUGUUCACUAGGUACGACUGUUGAAUCUUACCAGACUGCUGGGCAAGCGUCAUUCGCAGUUUUACGCUCCCACUCAAUGGAUCCAAUGAUUCAAAGAGAAUAAAAUCCGACCUUCAGAGGUUGAUGCGCGCGCAGUAGAGAGACGUCUGAAGACAUCUUCCUCGGUCCUUUUAUAUGGAUGUUCUCUCUUGCGCGGCAAUUGAACAAUAAUUUAAGAAAACUGCUAAAUAUUCCGAAGAUGAACAAAAAGCAAAUACAAAUACAGAAACAUCAAAAACAACAACAGUCAUUCCCGGUUGGGUUUUACCAUGACUAUUUAACAUUAUAACAAAUGUUUUUAUUCAAACACAGUUGGGCAUUGAACCAUAUUUUCAACGGUGAAUAUUUACUCUUUGACGAGGUUUACGGAGUGAUGGGGCAAAAAAAUAGCUUUACACAUCGUUCUGGGGUCUCUAGAGGUAUGAGAUUGACGACGCGAUGGAAAUUGCACCAACUGGCCAACGAGACCGAUAAUUGUUUAGGAUUUAAAUCUGAAAAAAGCUUAAUUUCUGAAAGACUAGGUUGCAUAGAACGGUUGUGAUAAAGUUUGUAAAACCAAGAGCUCUAAGAAAGAAGGAGCGUUUUUGGUUUUUAGGUAUUUUUUUAAAACCCCGAAAAGGACUUAGCCCCGAAUUCAAAUAUCUCUGAAGAGUUCUCGAAUCAAGACAUUGUGAAAUACUCAAUGUACAUAAAUGUAUAUUUUAAUUACGAUUUGUGUACGUGUAUGAUAAACAGAUUUGAGAAAAUAAUGAUCAAUUUUAAAAUAAUAAUAAUAAUCUUAAAAUAAUAAAAACAUUCCUAU